AUGUCAAGGAGAUUAGCAAGACCAGCUCUCUGGUGCGAUAGCGAAAAGGAUUAUCUUACCAGUAUCACUAUGUACACAGUCAACGGGAAAAAGUCGAGGAUAGAACCUAGAUCAGCAAUGCAUCUAAUGACAAUUGAGCAAGCAAAACAUCUCCCUGGUGGUGUCGCGUUUGCGCGGGACCCAUGGUUUUUCAGAAUAUACACCAUUCCUGCCAUCAGACAGCAGUGGAUGAGAAUUGCAAGAGCAAGUGAAGUAGCUAAUCACCCUGUUGUCAAGAAACCCGCUCAGAAACUACAGCCGCAGCACAUUCAUCGAUUUAUCGUACCUUCCUUAGACUCAAUAAAAGUGAAUGAUUUUGACACAGAAAUCAUGCCUGCAGAAUGGCGACAAGAAGUCGAAGAAAUGAUGGCUCCAUUGAAACAGAAAUGGGCUGAAGAAGACCGCGCUAGGGCCUCCCGAUACGAUUUACAAGUAACGGCCGCGGACCAAAUUCUGGGAGCUGAUUUCUGGACUCACUUCCAGGAAGAUGUUAACAUGGAAUGA